GAAGAAGUCGCAGCGGAAGCGGCAGAGCAGAGACAAGACAUUUGUUUACGGUUUUAUUUUUGUAUUUUAUUUUCACUGAAACGUCCUGGUAGUAUCGUGUUCGGUUCUUUGUGCUGUUUUUGUGUGUUUCCGCGCGGCUGCUGGCUGUAUUUUUGGCGUUUCGACGGGAGGACAGGAUGGUUUUGUCCACCUCGCAGCAGGUCGUGUUAGCCUUCACGGCGGUGCUCUUCAUGUUCGUGGUUCUGCCCAGAAUGUUCGGGCUCAGCAGCAACGGAACCGGGUCCACGGAAGCCCGCUUUGGACCCCGCUACAGCAGAAAGGGUCCAGGUCCAGGUGCGGUCAGAGGUCAACCUGUCAGUCUGAACGCCCCUGGAUCACCUCAGAGUCCCGAGAAUGUGCAGCAGAUGAAAAAGCUAAUGGAGCAAGAGUUGAAGAGUGACAAGUACAAAUCUAACAACAACAAGGGUUACGUGUUCACACUGAUGCCGCUUUAUGCCAUCGGGGUCGGUGUGUUUGCAGCUUACAAAUUUCUGAAGAUCAAGUCUUCAGAUGACCAGGCUCAAAAGGACAAAUUUGUGAAAGGUGCUAAAAAGUCAGUAGAAGCAGAGAACCAGUUGAAUGAACUGGAACAAAGGCUUGCUCAGACAGAAAAAAUGCUCAACUCCAUCCUAACACAGCUGGACCCUCUUACGAACUGUGUGAAGUCAGUGGCCAAAGAUCAGAAGAAUGAAAUCAUGAGCCAACUGCAGACCAUCCGCUACCUGAUGAAGAAGAGAGGAAUGGACUGUCCACCCCUCAACAUCCAUGACGCAUCCUGUGAGGGAAAUCUGGAUGACCUCAUUGAGUCUCUGGGGGUGAAGGACACCCCAAAAGCAGGUCCUCCUCCGGUGGACCAGCAGGUUUGUGAAGAACCGGUGGAGGCGUCUGAGCAUGUGGAAGCCAAAGGUGAAGAUGCAGCAGGUCAGGAGAUGAUGGAGGUGACACCAGAGAAGACCGACAGGCAGACACAGGAUGAGGGAAACAUGGAAGAUGAGGAAGGUUUAGCGGACGCUGAGCUCAUACCGUCGUUAGAAGACUGUGAAGACGUAAACAUUGAAGAGAUUGAGGCGGAGCAGCGUGCACCCGGCCUCAGGCGACGCAACAGGCUUGAAUGAACUCAUUGUAGGUCUUCUAAUUUCUACUGCUGACAUUAUUUAUUAUCUGAAAGUCUUUCACUCCAAGAUACUGCAUAGUUUUAAAAUAUUUGAACUGCAUUUUCAAA